AUGUCUAGACAAGAAUUUCAAAAUUAUUAACAAUAACAAUCAGCAUAAUCCUUUAAAUAAGAAUCUGAAUAUUCUAUUUACUCUAAAGUAAUCUUAGGAGAUGGUGUAUUUUAUAUCUGAAUAUACUAGAUUCCAUAUAUUAAGGAGAAUGGUAAAACAAUUAAAGACAUGGCAAAGGAAUUUAAAUAUAUCCAAAUGGUAAUUUAACCAAUCUAAAGAAGGUAUUAUUUUUGAAGGAAUUUGGGAAGAUCAUAGAAUUGUUGGAAAAGUAAUAAAAAUUGAUGGUGAGAUAAUAGACUGUGUUAUUGAAAAUAAUUAAAUUGUUUAUAGUUCAAAAACCAUCCUAUAAGAAGACUUAGAACAUUUACUUAAUCAAUAAUUGGAGAAAAUUUAUACUUCAGAAAAAAUAACAUAACUAAUACAAACAAAUUUAAUCUUUUAACGCAUCAUUUCAGAUGGAAUUGAAUAUGAUGGACAAAUACACAAUGAAAUGAAGCAUGGUUUAGGUAUUGCUAAAUUGUAAGAUGGUAUUAAAAGAAUUUAACCAAAAUUAGGUUCUGUUUUUAAAGGUCAGUGGAAGAAUAAUAAGUAGCAUGGAUUUGGAAAGAAAAUAUAUUAGAAUGGAGAUAUUUAUUGUGGAUAUUGGUAUGAAGGGGAAAUUUAUGGUUAUGGAGAAUAUCAUUAUUAAUAAGGAGCUACUUACUUAGGAUAUUGGAAAAAUAGUUUAAAACAUAUCUACGGAAAGGAAUCAUGGAUUGAUGGAGCCUCUUAUGAGGGAGAAUACUAUGAAGGGAAAAAGAAUGGGAAAGGUAAGUUGAUUUUUUAAGAUGGAUCCUAUUAUGAAGGGGAAUUUGAAAUGGAUGACAUACAUGGAUAUGGUUAAUAUCAUUGGAUGGACGGUAGAAACUAUGUAGGAGAAUGGGUCUAUAAUAAGAUGUGGGGCAUAGGUAAGACAACUUGGGCUGAUGGUAGAUCAUAUGAAGGAGGGUAAUUAAAUAGAAUUACAAUAGUUAUAUGGAUGAUAAAAAAUAAGGAUUAGGAACAUUUAUUUGGAAUGAUGGUAGGAAAUACAUUGGAGAAUGGAAAUAAGGAAAACAACACGGAAUUGGAUUGUACUAGGCUCCUUCUGGUGAGUAUAGAUAUGGUGAAUGGAAUGAAGGGAAAAGAGUUAAAUGGUUAGAUCUAUAAGCAGACAAGGAAAUAAUUGACAAUUUUUUGCAUAAGAAUACAGAAAUCGAACAUAGGAAUGGAUCAUUUUACAAUAGCCAUAUUUCUGAUUCAUCUUUGAAUGGAAGUGAUAGAUCUCCUACCAAAAAGGUUUAUUAGUUAACAUUGUCAGACAGUAUAUAUUAAGUGAAUGAUUAGAGAGUAUUUAUAUCGGAGAAUUGUAUAAGUAGAAGAGGGAAGGAUGGGGGAAAUUGAUAUGGAAAGAUGGUAAAUUAAUUAUUGUUAAGAUUUAUUAGGGUCAAUUUAUGAUGGAGAGUGGAAGGAUGAUGAAUGUAAUGGCUUUGGAAGAUAUAUUAGUUGCGAAGGUGAUGUGUAUGAAGGAGAAUGGAAGCAUGAUAAGGCUAAUGGACAUGGUAUAUUUACGAACUGUGACGGUGUUGUUUAUGAAGGUAAUUGGAAAAAUGAUAAAUAAAAUGGAAAUGGUAAAUAAAAAUGGCCUGAUGGACUCUAUUAUGAAGGUUAAUUUCUAGAGGGGAAGAAAUAAGGAUUUGGAAAGAUGAUAUUUCCUAAUGGAUCCUAUUAUUAAGGAACUUUUAUUAAUAAUUAAAUAGAUGGAGAAGGUUUAUUAAUUAAUAUUGAUGGAACUCGUUAUGAAGGGUCUUUUAAGAAUGGUAUGAAGCAUGGAAGAGGAACUUUAAUAAGUCCAGAUGGAAACAUAUUUAUUGGAAAGUAAAAUGAAAAUUAUGUAAGUUUAGUUUUGAAUUAGACAAACAAGUUGGAGAAGGAAGGGUGGAAUACCAUAAUGGUAAAUUAUUUUUUGGAGAAUGGGUGAAUGGGGAGCGUCAUGGCAAAGGAAAAUACAUUUAUAAGGAUGGCAGAGUCGUUGAUUCUAUGUGGUACAAAGGAAUGAGAUUAGAAAAAUGA